AUGGCUACAAAUCUUUCUAGCAAAACUUUGCAAACUAUAUUUAAAUUUAUUGACACCAAAGAGGAGCGUGAUUAUGGUACUUUAUAUAAUUGUGCUUUGGUCAACCGACAAUGGUGUAAUAAUGUGAUUCCUACGCUUUGGAAAGAUCCCUUUUACGGUGAAAAAAGUGAUGUCGUGAUAAAGAUAUUAUUGUCGUUUCUUGAUAAUGAUCAAUUACAACAACUUGGUUCUAUUAGAGAUGGACUACCUCUUAAUGAAAAUAAAAUGUUUGACUAUCCUUCUUUUAUUCAACAUUUAAAUUUGGAUUUUAUCUAUGAAUCUCUUUACGACUUGUAUUCAGGUUCAAUAGACGCAGCAAAUUUGAGGAAUGUGCAACUUCCUAACAACCCAACCUUGCUUAAUGAUAUUGAAUUAACAUUUACAGUACUUUUGAAAAUGCUAGCUCGAAAAAUUACCGAUGUGAAAAUAUUUUACAUUAAUUGGAAACUUCAUUCUUGCUAUCUUGAUGAAGUUUCAAAAGGCGACAUAAAAAACAAUAAUUUGAAACUUUUAUUGCAACCAGAAAUCAGUGAUCUUUUAAAAAUUACAAUUGAAUUACGUUGGUGGCAAACAAGGCCUUAUAAAGGUUACUUUGUCGAAUUCGCCAAGAUUUGCUCAAAUUUGGAAAAAUUAGUCAUCAGUCUUGCCAACUUCAGUGAAAACCAAAUUGACGAUGCUGCAGAGUUUAUUAGGUCACAAAGAAAUUUAAAAGUAUUAGAAAUUUUUAAUUGUAAUUCUGGUAUCCAAAAAAUUCUUACCUUUUCAAGAGAUCAAGCGUUAUCUAUACAAGCGAUUAUUUUAUAUCAUGUAGAUUUUUAUGGAUGUGAACCAUUAACUAGUUUAACAAAAUGUGAAAAUUUAAGGCAUCUAUCUUUUCGUUAUUGCACAUAUAUACAAAAAGAGAUGUGUAAUCCGUUGUUCUCUGCUAAUUUUCCUAACCUUAAAAAAGUCGAAGCACCAUUUACUUCAUGCCCAGAACUUGAAGAAUGGGCUAGAAGUUAUUUUUGA